AUGAACUUCCAUUGCUUCUUCCUUCUUCUUGCUCUUGUUGCUACAGCUUAUGCUUGUGCUCCAGUCCAGCAAGACUCCUCACCUGACCCGUUGAGACGUCGAAGAAGUAUCCAGGAAUUCUCAGAAGACGAGAAAGAGGAACAAGUCAUAAUCACCAUUGUCAGUCAGAAGCCUUUCGAUCCUCUCACAGUUGAAUCAAACCUUGAAGUUCUGCACAAAGCUGUUUCUGAUUAUGAAACCAAAGAAGGAAUCCAAUACGACGUCAACACCCUAACUCGAAUCACAAAAAACGAGGGCGGAAAAUUUGCAGUUGAAUACAAAGUCGAAGAUGACUGUCAAAGAGUCAAGGAAUUCAUCUUAGGAGCUAAGAAGAGCUCAGAUGAGUUCAACUAUGCCACCAUCAGAUG